AGGUACCGUAUGGGGAUAUUUCGGACACAACGCUUUUGUCCCGUCACUGUUGACUGUUUAGAAGAUUGUGACGCUGCUGAUCUCAAAUCAGUAGAACGAACUAGAGGAACCAGCCAAUAGAGAGGCCGUGUGAUAAUCAUGUGACUAAACCCGGAAAUGUUAGGAGCGUGCUCGGUUUUGUAAUUUGUAUUUCCUCAAAUAUUUAGUGAAAUUACGCGUGUUGGUUAAUGCAGUACAUGCAGAUUUACUUUAAUGUUCUCAAUCACAGUAAGUGAUGUCUUUAAUCCCCGCGCACGCGCCUCAAGUGAUCCGCAGCUGUCAGAAAGAUGAGUUUUACCAUAGUAACCUCAGUAACCGCGCUAACGAGCUCUUCCACACCUAUGCUGGUUCCAGACGCUGGCUUCAGUGGAGAAAGGAAAUCGAACUGCUGUCUGAUCUGACCUACUAUCUCCUAACAACAUUAUCUGGAUAUCAGACACUUGGAGAGGAGUAUGUCAACAUCAUUCAGGUGGAUCCCAGUAAGCGGAGAAUUCCCUCCCGAACACGCAGAACAGCCCUCAUCUUCUUCCACACGUUUGUGCCUUAUCUUCUGGACAAGGUGUUCAUCUGUAUUGAGAAUGAGCUGGAAACCGAGAGGCGAGAGCAGAUAAACCGAACCUGCUGGAAGCCGAUGUCGCACCUGAGGUUCUGGAUUCAGAGAGCAGUGAUGAUGCUGAAUGACAAUCAGAAGAAGUCUUUGCUACCGCUUGUGUUCGGUCUGCAGCAGGGAAUAACUCUCUCAUAUCGGCUUCAUGUGGCUCUCUUCUACAUCACAGGAACAUAUUACCACAUCAGUAAAAGAGCUGCAGGUGUUAGUUAUUUAAGCGUGAGAUCUUUGGCUGAGGAUGACUCGAGGAUUCGUAACAGUUAUCGUCUGUUGGGGGCGCUGUCUCUCCUUCAGCUGGCCAUCACUCUUACACUGCAGUUAAACAACCUGCGACAGAGACAGAGAGCUCGACAGGAGUGGAAACAACACAGAAACCUCAUACCCAGUCAUCAGGUGGGUGGGUCUGUGUCUCGCUCUUCUCGCUGUAUUUUGUGUUUAGAGGAGCGCAGGCACUCCACCAGCACUCCCUGUGGUCAUCUCUUCUGCUGGGAGUGUAUUACCGAAUGGUGUAAUACUAAGACUGAAUGUCCGCUGUGUCGAGAGAAGUUUCAGCCUCACAGGCUUGUUUAUCUGAGAAACUACAGCUAGACCUGUUUGAUCCAGACUUUUCAGAAAUCACACAGUGAUCAGCGUAUGAACAUUUGCUUUAUAUAGAAAAUGACAUGCUGUAUAUUUUGUACUUAAUAUGUAAAAAAUACUGAUUUCCUCUAAUGUCUGCAUUUAAUUUAACUUGAUUUUAUUGUAAGAUAAAUGUGUAUUUGUACUUACUGUAAAUCCUUGAACAAAAUAAGAAUGUAAUAUUUAUAGAAAGUGUAUGUUGUUUGUUGUGUAUAUAAUCAACAGAUUGGUUUAAUGCUGAGAAUAUCAAAGCAAAGCCACAUAUCAAAAUUACCCCAUGAGUUACUCUCCAUUAAACAAUCUGAGAUGCAUAUAUCCAUCAUCUUUUAGACAAA